AUGUACGAACUGGCGGCGCGGAUUAUCGCUUCGCUACCUCCUUGGACGGCGACGCAGUAUUGGAGUGGGAGGAAAUGGGCCCGAGCUUCAUCGGCGAGAGAGGAAAGGGCCGAUUUCGCCGCUAGGCGUAGGACACACUCUCCUACUGCUAUGGGGCGAGUGCCUCUUUCUGGCUUGGCGAGGGCGAUGAGGCGAGAGGCUGUGAGUAGCGAGCAGAUUUCCACUGGGAGUAGCCCCUGGAGGACGGUGCUAAUGAGAGCGUGGAGGUGGGUGGUAACAGCUGCGUUGACGAUAGCUGCAUCCCUGAGGUCCCGAAUUUCGUUGAAGCGGAUAGUGUCCUUUGCCAGCUGUUCCGGCGAGAAUUGGCGUGUUGAUGGUGCGGUGGUGGGGGGUUCGUCUGGGUUUGAUUCCCCCCCAAUUCCGGUCCCUACCUUCGUUCUGUCGCCUGCGGCCGUCGUGGCGUCUCCCCCUGCCCCUGACGUGGCGCCCUCUCCUGCGCCUCAUGUUCCGGUGUUGCCGUCGCCUGCUGUGGCGGCAGCUGCUGCUGCUGUAAUGGCGCCUGCGUCUAGUGAGGCAGCUCUUCCUGCGCUUGUUCUGGCGCCACCUCCUGAGGCUGCUAUCGCGUUACCGGUGGCGUCUGCCGCUGCGUCCCUUGGAUUGCCUGGCGGGGUGCCGGACCCUCCGCUUCCCGUGGCUCCCUCGUCUGCGCCUGCUCAUCCCCCGGCUGUGCAGCAGCAUAACUCCCCCCCCCCAUUCGCCCUCCCCUCAAGAAGAGCGGGAUGUAGGGGAGGUCACGGUCGCGGGCAUGGCGAGUGGCAGGACGCGCCAGCGACAAUCGCAGACGUGCGGCAGAUUGUGAGCGAGGCGUUUCGCGGCAGUGAGGCCGGCCCGGCGAGUCAUGGCAGCUCGAGGCGCGCAGCUCCAACGCCAUCUGCUCCCCUUCCGGCUGCUCGCCCUGCUGUUGCUCCGACACCGGCGGUAUCGCUGCCGGCUUCCUCGGCCCCUGCGCAUGGAGGUGGGGCCGGAAUUCCUCGACUUCAGCUCCCCUCUCUGGUGGAGGAGCUUCUUCCCCCACGGGCUGAAGUUCUGGAGGCGACGCUUGGUCAGUUAUGGCGGCUCUCGGAGAGCCUUCGUCCGCUGCUGCUCGUGCAGUCGCUGGCGCACGGGUCUCUUCCGCCUGUUCCUCCGGAAUCUCUGCUUGACGACCCGCGGGGCGACUGUCUUGACGCAGCCGACCAGGUUGCCCUCCUCCUGGCGCCUGUGUUGGCCGCGCCCGUGCGGGGAGGCGUUGGGGCUGUGGGGCAACUGGACGCGGCUGCCGACGCGAUUGGCGCCGCCAUUCAGGUGGUCCGCUCGGUGUGGCAGACGAUGAUGGGCAUUCUGCAUGCCCUGCAGGCGGAUUGCAUGUAG